UUGAGAAGCAACCGAGACAGAGAUCCAACAUAUUAAUAACAGCCACCUUUCUUGCUACUUGAUGCUAUGCAUCACCGUAUACUUAAUUGACUUCAUCAUACACCUUCACGAUUGUUUUUGUCACUUAGAAUUUUCAUUGUAGGCCAACAGGUCUAGAACACAACAUGUGUGGGAAAUUGGAUGAGUUUCAUCUCCUCAUGGAACAAAAGGGUGUACCCGAUGGAGAAUUUCAAGGAGUUCGUUCCUUGGUAGCCAAACCUCCAACUGCGAGCACUUCAAGGCCAAACAGCAUGGUUGUUAAGAAGGUGUGCCCACGGGAGUACAUCCCGCCGCACAUCGUCGCGGAGGCUAUCUCGACGCUACACGGCCUCGAUCUGCGGUGGUCUGGGCCGAUCACGCCCGGCGAGCGGCUUUACGUGGAGCAGUACGUGAUGGCUAAGUACCCGCAGUACUCACACGGCCUCAUCGAGGAGGAAAGCUGCGACAAGGACGACCUCUACUCCACCUACUACAGCACUGGCAGUAUGACCUCGCCGGAGGGUGGAUCUAGUGAGAGGCGGAGGUCGUCGCCGACGGGGUCACCAUCGUCGGCGAGGCCAGACAUCGACAUGGUUAGGCUGGAGCCGUCGCGGCUGCUGGACAUCCUGACAAAGAAGUCAUCCUUCACGGGAAGUUUCAUCUCCAUACCCGAGAUCCAGGCCCGGAAUAGGGUGCUCCGGCACUGCGGGCUCACCGACGACGAGUACCUCGUGCUUUUCGCCGCCACGCCCAAGGACGCAAUGAUGCUGGUCGGUGAGAGCUACCCAUUCUUCCGGAACAACUACUACAUGUCGAUCCUAGGUGAGGACCGCGACUGCAUCCGCGCCUUCGCUUCGUACAAGGAGGCUAAGGUCAUCGCCGCGCCGGAAUCCUGGCUGGACCUCCGCAUCAAGGGCUCCCAGCUGAGCCAGUACUUCCGCCGCAAGUCCAAGCUCACGCCCAAGGGCCUCUUCGCCUACCCCGCCGUCUCAGCCGCAGAUAGUGACGGAGUUGCUCCGCCUCCGCCAAGUUACUCCCUGCACUGGGUCUCGGAGGCGCAUCGCAACGCCUGGCACGUGCUCCUGGACGCCACCGCACUGGUCAUCGGCGAGGACCGGCUCCCGCUGACGCUGCACCGGCCAGACCUCGUGUUGUGCACGCUCGACGACACGCACUCGCAGAAGCCGUCCGCCAUGGUCACCUGCUUACUCGUAAGGCGGAGGUCCUUCGACACGUCCACCCUAUCGCAGCCGCAGCAGCAGAAGCAGUGAUCGAUGAAGUGGUCGAUCCAUCUCAUGCUUAUAUUAACACGAACUACGACUACAACUAUUUGAUGCUCUGCUUCCAUACUUGUAUUGUCUAUGGGAAGGUGUUUUAAUGUUUGAGCUUCAACUGUCCGUCAGUCCUCGGAAAACAAUACAAUGACUUUCGAUGUAUGAGAGCAAAA